CUGGCGAUUUACUACGAACGUUAUGUUUAGUUGUCAUCUGUAGGUGAUGCUUAUUUGGUGGACGAUGCAGGUAUAGCGCGCAUCGGAAUUAUCUAUGCGUCCGUCUGUGGGGAUGCCUUCACGCUGGAAUACAGUUUGGCAUAGCUGGGACGCAUAUGUCUAGUGGACAGUUUAGACGUUUGCAUUGAAAGGGGAAACAAUGUUUUGCACGAAAUUAAAGGAGCUAAAAAUUACUGGAGAAUGCACCUUCUCCAAGAUUGGGCAAAACACGGAGCGAAGUGACUGUGAGCAGCGUCCGAGUACCUUUGCAGGAUGUGCCUUGCCAGUAUUAAAAGAGGUGCACGGAAGUGCUCCGGAGAUACUACAGCAGCGCAAAAUCAGCAGAAGCAAAGUUAAUCUACAGACAUUAGGAGAAAGCGUCCGAAAAUUAGUUUUCCCAGAGUUUCAGAGGCUGCAUGCCGCUUUUCUUAGAAUGGUGAAACAGCAUACCUUAGACAUGAUAUGGCAAGAUGUGAAUUUUGGAAAUGUAGAGAGCCUGAAGGAGCAUAUGGAGACAUACUCCAUCAAAGCAGGUAUUCCUCUGAGCAGCGUUAAAGUUUCACUUGGGAUCGAAGUGUUUAAGACGUGUUAUGAGGAGGAUGGACACAUUUUGGGUGCAGUGGGGGGAGCCCUUCACGACUUCCUGAACAGCUUUAACGUGCUUUUAAAACAGAGCACGCCACACCAUCCAGCCAGUGAGGAUUGUGUAAACGAAGCCUCCGUGCUCUGUCUGGAUAAAGAUCCAGGUCUGCUGACUGUGUACUACUUCAACCCUGACAAAGCGACAGAGCUGUUCUUCCCUGGCAUCAUCCAGGCGGCUGCCAGUUUGCUGUACCAGACGGACGUGGAGGUGGCCAUGGAGCCGCCGUGCUGCAAAGAGAGUGCCCUCCAGUCCCACCACCAGCCCCACCUGCUCUACUCCGUGCUGGUGAAAAACACCAAGCACCUGACCCCCAGUCCGCUGAAGGCACAGUUUCCAGUGGAUAUACCCAUUUCGUUUUUUAACUCCACGUUUCCUUUUCACGUCCUGUUCGACCGGGAUAUGAACUUAUUGCAGAUCGGUGACGGGCUGAGGAAAAGACUUAGCCGCAAAGACGUCCAAAGGAAACCGGUUUUCGAGGAACAUUUUGUGAUCCUGUCUCCUCAGAUCAGGGGCACUUUCCAGAGUAUUUUAUCCAUGCUAAACACACAAUUUGUUCUAAGAAUAAAGCACGGCGGCACUUCUGCUAUUGCGGAGGGCACAACUAAGCUCAUGGACCUCAAAGGACAAAUGAUCUUCAUUUCAGAGUCCAACAGUAUCUUGUUUCUGGGUUCCCCUUGCGUGGACACGCUGGAGCAGCUGACAGGGAGGGGUUUGUACCUCUCCGACAUCCCGAUUCACAAUGCCCUGAGGGACGUGGUCCUGGUGGGGGAACAAGCCAAGGCACAGGAUGGGCUGAAGAAGAGGUUGGGGAAGGCCAAGACCGCCCUGGAACAGGCCCACUGGGCAUUGGAGGAGGAGAAAAAGAAAACCGUGGACCUCCUCUUCACCAUAUUCCCGGGCGUGGUGGCCCAGAAGUUGUGGCAGGGCCAGCCGGUGCAGGCUAAGAAGUUUGACAACAUCACCAUGCUGUUCUCCGACAUCGUGGGCUUCACCGCCAUCUGCUCUAUGUGUAGCCCAAUGCAGGUGGUCACCAUGCUGAACGAGCUCUACACCAGGUUUGACCACCAAUGCGGAGAGCUGGAUGUUUACAAGGUAGAGACUAUCGGCGACGCAUACUGUGUGGCUGGGGGUUUGCACAAAGAGAGCCAGACUCACGCUGUUCAGAUUGCGAUGAUGGCCCUGAAGAUGAUGGAACUAUCAGAUGAGGUCAUGACCCCCACCGGAGAAGUCAUUAAGAUGCGAAUCGGUCUCCACUCCGGCUCCAUUCUCGCCGGCGUCGUUGGCGUAAAGAUGCCGAGAUAUUGCCUUUUCGGCAACAAUGUCACCCUGGCCAAUAAGUUCGAGUCGUGCAGCCUGCCGAGGAGAAUCAACAUCAGCCCGACGACUUACAGGCUGCUGAAAGGUCGGCCAGAAUUCGUCUUUAUACCCAGAACCCGACAGGAUCUUCCGCCGAACUUCCCCCCCGAUAUUCCGGGCAUUUGCUACUUUUUGGAGGCGUGUGAUGCACAGGGCGGCUCCCUUGGGAACGAAUCCACACCGGAGGCAUGCGAUUAUAGCAAUACUAACUUCUUGGGGGAGCAAAUUUAACGUGGACCGUGAGCGUGUUGUGAAUUAAGCUACGACGUUGUUAUGUAUUCACGGAGGUGAACCCAGGAUUCCGCAGAGGUCACCUCUUUCACGUGUUCAUUGUGCACUGUGGCAUUCACUCAUGAUACAAUAUAACGUUUGCAAAAUUAUGGAAUUUCUGUGUAUUGUGUAAUUUUGCAAAAUGGAGGCUGUGCGUCGCUCUGUAUCUGUAAUAUAGACACAUAGUUAGACCACGAUGAAUGAUUUAUUAUUUCAGUAAUAAACAUUUAUUAUUGUCAUUAUUUUCGCAUUGUUACAGAACUCCAGUACAAUAAACAAUAUGACCCCAUUCAAACUUG